AUGUCAUCUUUAGAGAGUGGUGACGAGGACGACUUCCAGUUGUUCGCGUUGCCCGACUUUGGCGAUGAUUUACCUCUUGCUGAUGGUUUCCCUGACGAGGAUCCUUUUGUUAUUCCUGUUCCAGUCCAUGAUCACCUCAUCAUUGGUCAUCCCGAUGGUGAACACAUUGUGGCUCCGAUCCUCGAUCCUGUUCCUCUCGUGGUCAUUCCUCCUGAGGAUUGGCCAUUCGAUGAUUUGUUUGAUGAUGACGUCGAUUUAUUUGUUGAUGGUCCUCCAUUUGACGCUCAGGGUGAUGGGGAGAUAGAUGAGGAUGUUGUAGCUGUCCCACCUCCUGAGAUUCCUGUCACUGAGAUAUCCUCUGAUUAUAGUUUACAUUCCGUUUCAAACUCCUUUGAGUCUGUGACAUCUUCAGCUUUACGGGCGGCCGGAUUGCAGCUUUUUGCUACUGACUCCGAUGAUGACACUGCUAUGUCUGCUGCACCAUCUCCUCCACACGACCCCAAGCAUGUCCCCGAGCCGGACCCUAUUCAUUUUGGUCAGCCUGAUGUUGCACCUACAUUGCACCUUAUUCCUGACCCUGUUCCUGCACAUGUUGAUCUUCCAGUUGUUGAGCCAUUUAUUCCUCCACCCGCACCCGCUGAUGUUGCUCCUCUCCCUCCUGUAGAGUCCGAUGUCCAUCAUACCGAUUUUCCGAUUACUUUCUUACAAGACAUCCCUGCACCCCGUCCAGGGGAAGACCCCUAUCAUCCCUCCCAUUUUGUCGGCUACACACAGGAUGAGUUACUUUUAUCGCUUCAGCUUCAGUUUGAGGUUUUGAGUCUCAGGGUUUUGGAGCUUGAGCUGACUCCACGUCCCCCACCUUGUCCCUGUCAGUCUACUUUUGUUCCUCCACAUUCAUCACCGUCUCCUUUUGCGCAUCCACCUGCUCCUCUUACUCCUUUUCCAGGUUUUGAUGCUCGUUUCCUUACCGUCGAGCAGCAGAUCAGUUACUUGCUUCGUCGUGUCUACGAGCUCGAGGAGGAGCUUGCGCAUGUUCGCAGCUUGCUUUUCUCCCCUCCUCCUCCACCUCCACCAUCAGCAUAG